AUGACGGCCAACGGCACGUCGGAGUCCGUGCAGAUCCAGUUUGGGCUGAUCAACUGCGGCAACAAGUACCUGACGGCGGAGGCCUUCGGGUUCAAGGUGAACGCUUCGGCCACCAGCUUGAAGAAGAAGCAGAUCUGGACGCUGGAGCAGCCGGCCGACGAGGCGAGCGGCGGGGGCCACGCCGUGUGCCUCAAAAGCCACCUGGGCCGCUACCUGGCGGCCGACAAGGAUGGCAAUGUGAGCUGCGACAGCGAGACCCCCGGCGCCGACUGCCGCUUCUUGAUCGUGGCCCACGACGACGGCCGCUGGUCGCUGCAGUCCGAGCCGCACAAGCGCUACUUCGGGGGCACUGAGGACCGGCUGUCGUGCUUCGCUCAGACCAUCUCGCCCGCGGAGAAGUGGAGUGUCCAUAUCGCCAUGCACCCACAGGUGAACAUCUACAGCCUGACCCGCAAGCGCUACGCGCACCUGAGCGCCCGCCAGGACGAGAUCGCGGUGGACCGCGACGUGCCCUGGGGCGUGGACUCGCUCAUCACCCUGGUCUUCCAGGACCAGCGCUACAGUGUGCAGACUGCCGACCACCGCUUCCUGCGCAACGACGGGCGCCUGGUGGAGAGGCCCGAACCGGGCACCGGCUACACCCUGGAGUUCAGGUCUGGCAAGGUGGCCUUCCGGGACUGCGAGGGCCGCUACCUGGCGCCGUCGGGUCCCAGCGGCACUCUCAAGGCAGGCAAGAGCACCAAGGUGGGCAAGGACGAGCUCUUCGUCCUGGAACAGAGUUGUCCCCAGGUAGUGCUGCAGGCGGGCAACCAGAGGAACGUAUCCACCCGGCAGGGAAUGGACCUCUCCGCCAAUCAGGAUGAAGAGAGUGACCAAGAAACGUUCCAACUAGAGAUCAAUAGGGACACCAAGAAGUGUGCUUUCCGGACCCAUACUGGCAAGUACUGGACCCUGACAUCCAAUGGUGGAAUACAGUCCACUGCUUCGACCAAGAAUGCCAGCUGCUACUUUGACAUAGAAUGGUGUGACAAACGCAUCACUCUCAAGGCUGCCAAUGGGAAGUAUGUCACCGCCAAGAAAAAUGGACAGCUGGCGGCCUCUGUGGAAGCUGCAGGAGAAACUGAGCAUUUCUUGAUGAAACUGAUCAACCGGCCCAUCAUCGUCCUUCGUGGAGAACACGGCUUCAUCGGAUGCCGGAAAGUGACUGGGACCCUGGAUUCCAAUCGCUCUUCUUACGAUGUGUUCCAGCUGGAAUUCAAUGAUGGUGCCUACAAUAUCAAAGACUCUACUGGGAAGUACUGGAUGGUGGGAAAUGAGUCGUCCGUCACCAGCAGCAGCAGUGCUCCCGUGGACUUCUUUUUUGAGUUCUGCGACUAUAACAAAGUAGCCAUCAAAACCAAUGGCCGGUAUCUGAAGGGGGACCACGCCGGGGUCCUGAAAGCUUCCACAGAGGCCAUCGACCCUUCCACACUCUGGGAGUACUAGAUGCACUUUAGCGUUGGGUUUUCCCACUUCCCACCCAACCCCAACCCCCUUCCCAACCCAAUUCCCAGGUCCUGCCCCGGUGAUAGUUUUUAUUUCUGCCCCUUUCCUUUGGUUCAUCUCGCUUCCCUCUGCCCCUGCCCCUACCCCCACCUUUCUCUGUGGAAGGAUUUCAGGAUGGCUUGCUCUAUUCCUACCACCAUUUUUUUUUUCUCUCUCUUGCCUUCUCUAUUUUCAGGGGUUUGUUUCGUGUGUUAAUGGUGUGGGGGUGUGGGAAAGAAGCCUUUUGCCUUUCAAACUGGAAAACCCAGAGAAAAUGGUGCAUCAUCUCAUGCCUUUGUCGUUUGCUUGUCUUGGGAAAUCCUCCUUGCCUGCCAUCUUGGGGCAGGAAAUGUCAUCAGCCCAAUCCCAUUCAAGCAAACACAAGGAAGAAUUUUAAGAAUCAUUUCCCCCCUCUUCUUCUGUGCCAUAGUACGGUGCUGGCACCUUCUUUCAUUUUUUUUCUUUUUAAAUUCUGACCUCUGGUGGCUUUGUGCUGCAGUUGAACCUUACUGCCUGCCUGCUUUGACUCUGGCAAAUGGUGCUAUGAGUGGGCUUUCUGGGCUAGUGGGACCAGCGUGUCUUUAACCGUGGGUUAGGAUGGAAGAAACACUGAAUCAGUUCUAGGACGAGGCGUGAGAACACCGAGAGCGACAGCCUGAGCGAGCUCCUCCGUGCCGCGGGCUGCCUCCCAAAAUGAGAAGUCAAGAGAGAGCGUGACCCGGCUCGCUCCGGGCCUGGUCCAUCUGAUCGUAGGUGGUACAGCUAGAAGUUUGCUUAGAGCCUUUUAGACCCAGGAAACCUCCUGUGAGACCAUGGAGGA